UGCAACUUGGGAGGCAAUUUCCGCCGCAUAAAGAAGUCGGAACGGACCAAACAUUUUGAUCCUGCCAUGAGCUCCGGCAGUCCGAGCAGACAGCUGGCAGACGGACUGACUGCAUCCCCACUGCUGAUGCCUGUAUCGAGCCGAGAGCUGCAGAUGCGGACUGUCUGGGUCCUCCGUCUGAACUGAAUCCUGUCUGAACCAUAAAACAGAGGGAUCCAAAAAAAAAAAAACCAUGGACAAACCAGAAAGGUGUGUCUGUAAUGCUCACGAGUGAGGAGGAGAGCAGCUGAGGAGGAGGAGAUGGGCUGCACCUCUGCCAAGCAGGUGUCUGCUGUGCCUGGAGGCGAGGAGAGUCAAAAUAAAUCCUACAGCAACGGGGACCUCAUCUCAGAUGAGUACAAGAUGAAAAGCGUGGAGAAAGUCAAGUACAUCAGCGGAGAAGAGGGCGGAGUGGAUGGCCAGGACAGCACAGAGAAGAGUGCUCUCCUUGGUAAAGGUCAACACCCGGAUGAAACAGGGUCAAACGGAAAUGGAAAGAUUCUGAGCAUCCACUCCUCAGAGAGCCAACAGGAAUUCUUCAAGAUGCUGGAUGAGAAAAUUGAAAAAGGCCGGGACUACUGCUCAGAAGAGGAGGACAUGACAUAGCAUCGUGGUCCAUCGCUCCCUGUGUGACAGAGCUGUCACUCCAGUGUUUAGGAUGGACUGUACCAUGUAUCAACAUAUCCGGAGGGGCUUCUUUUGACCGUCCCUUUUAUGUAUACGCCUGAGAAACAUGGAUUAUUGACUUGAAUGAAGCACCUUUUUGCCCUCCUGCUCACAACUUAAGUUCCUGCUGGUAUGUCAACCAGCAGAGAAAUGACCUCCAACAAAAGACGUUUCAGUAUUGAACGUUUUCCCCCGAAUGGAGAGAACUUUGAGUCUACUUACUUUAAAGAAGCCAUUACGACAGACAGACAUCCUGAACUUUGAGUACUCUCGCUCCUCUUCUGCUUGGAUAAAUCCUGGAAGAUAAAAAAAACAACAUGGCUGUCACUGAGACUUUCUGUUGACAUUUGAAACAUUCAGACUGUCACUAACUUACAUUUUCAACAACAGAGGAAACCAGUGCUUUUGUGGACACUGAUUCAAAGUGAAAUAAUGUCCAUCUGCAUCAUUUUGAACAUUUCAUCCCUGAACGCCUCCCCCGAAAAGUCACGGGGUUAAAACUUCCUGCAUUCCAAGACACAGUAUGAACCUCUUUUCCACAGUCGGAUGGCCAGUACAGUGUGUGUCUGUCCACGUCUGUUUCUGCUACCAUGUAGAGUAUUUAUGUUGACUAAGGCUCAGGGUUUAAGUGUUGUUAUCUCUGUCUCAUGUAGUCAAAGUCCUUCCUCUCAUUAAGACACUGUUGCACCAUUAAAAAGACACUCAUGCACUCACACGUCGGGGUUAUUGUAGUGCCCUGCUUCAGUCUGUUUCCAUGUUAACCCUAAAGGUUAAUGCAUCACAUACAAGCGUCAUUAUGUGUCAUUUUGCUCACCAGUGUUAUGUUGUGUUCAGUUUCUAUGUUGAAUUUUUGUUUUUCUAGAAAAAUAAAAAAAGUGUUUGCAGUAACUUGAACACACAGUUUA